AUGCCAUGGGACCCCCAGCAGCCUACCAAGCCCAUGGCAGGGCAGGGCCCCCUGUCAGAGCAGGGGACAUCCAGCCAAUACACUGGCUUCCAGCCAGCGACCCGCAAUGGAGUGCAGGGUGGAUACCCAGACAGAGAAGAGAGGGGAAGGCGGAGGCAGGAGAACGCUGAGGAGCUGCUGCGGGGUGACGCAAGAUCGGAGCCCCAAACUCCCCCUGUUCCCGCGGCCGGUAGCCCAGGCAGAGGGGGAGGCCACGACCCGGGAGCCGCGCUAAAGAGAAAAAGCCGCCCCGCAGAAGUCGGCUCCUGUCUGGAAGGCAGUCGCGUCCACCUGUCCAGCCUGCGAUGCUUCUGGCUGUCAGAUAAAACGUCUACGUGGUCUGAGGCGUCGGCGUCUUGUCGAAAGACUCACGGAGGGCGUAUUGCAGCUGCUGAAACAUUAGAGCUGCAAAAUUUCCUUCACCACGCCUUCCCAGUGAAAAGCACAGUUUGGGUUUGGAUUCAAGGAAUAAGUGACAACACACCGGAUAAAGUUGUGGAGUCCGCAAGUCCUGCGUGGCGAGAUGGAAACGGUGACAAACAGGAAAUGUGCACUCAAAUUGCUUUGGGAACAACUGGACAGUGGAGGAUGACCCCGUGUGUUAGAAAAUACCACUUCCUUUGUCAAAAUGACUUAAAUGAGUCCUUACCGGACCCAAGCAGUUACGUGGUGGGAGUGGUUCUGAUGUCUGGCAUCUACCCUCAGGCCCAGAUAGACACUUUAACUACUGUCCCUGAUGUUGAACAACUUGUAGUGGAGAUGCAGUUGUUCCCAGGCUUGUGGUUCAGUCAUGCAGGUCAAGUCACAUCACUGGAACUGGUGGUCCAGCCCAGCUCGACCUCGUCUCUGGCCCGUAUUCAAAUCCUUCGGCCCUACUGUACUCCCAACUAUCACUUAGUACCACCAGGUUGCACUUCACUGAUAAAUCCAUUUAGCUGCUGCUCAAGGGUUCCACUGUGCAACACAACAGGCGGGUGCAGCACGGGCCAGUACUGGUGUCACAUUCUAGAAUCUUGCCUUCCUACUAGUAGUCCCUGUUCACCAUACGUCUCAGCGGCAAUGGGACGUGGCUUUACGUUGCCACCCCGAUACCCAGCCAUAGCACCUUUUUACCACUUAGUAGCUGACAUACCGUUGAAAAUAAGCCCCAUCUCACAACUGCAAACUUCAACUGUUCUUCUUCCAGUAGGAGCCAUAGUUGUGUACCCUGACGAUAUUGUUGCCGUUCAACACACCCGUAAUCCUGGAACCUUUCUGCACUGCCAUACCAGCGAAGCACCCCUAAAUUCUCCGUGGCAACAGAGUUACCUAUCUCUUCGUGGGACAGAGUGGGGAGGCUGGUUCGAGGGAGGCCUCACUUUCAUGCCCCAAGGUGAUCACUGGGUCGACGGCGUAGUAUGUGAUCUCAGGUUGCUUUAUGCAGACACUCUUCACGGAGGUACUGAGCACGAGCAGAUUUCAGAAACAACCACACUGUCUUCCACAAAGACCCUCAAUAAUGUGCAAUCUACAUUCGGGCUGAAGAUCAUCCAUCCUCCACUGGAUGAAAAGAACCAGAUUCACGUCCAAAUUAACGUUCCGACCCCCAUGGUUGUCAUGGUACUGUCCGGAGAGAAAACCUUGUGUUCGAUGUCUUCUCCGGUGCUCCAAACUGGGCUCCCCUUUAGCCAAACUUGCCCCAAAAUCCUUUCCGAAUGCAAGACGUAUUCUGAGGAUGCGUGGUUCUCCUCGGUGACUUUAGUUUUGUCCUCAGUAGGGGUUCAGACUCUGAAUGUCAGCGUGGCAGAUGCUGUUAGCUCUCAGAGUAUGAAUAUAACGCUGUGUAGCUAUGAGGCAGUGUCAGGACUCAGCGUGGAGCCACGAGGACACAGGAGGAUGCUCGUGGAUGUUCCUCAGUCAUUUACAGCCCAAGUGGAGAGUGGUUCUUCAGUGACAUUCUCAUGGGUGAUUGACAACUUGGAGUCUUUUGUAUAUGAAGGAGAAUCUUACAGUGUCGUGUUUAAGAAACCUGCUGAGUACAAACUCAAGAGCGAGCAACUCCUCCUAACAGUAGAUGAAAUCCACCCAUUGGGUGAGCCUGAGUUCCUGUUUGUCAGGGAGGUUGUAGCUGUGGGUACUUGCCAUCUCUUUACCCUCAGGCUCAAAGUGGACAUUGCCUUGCCCACUACCUUCAGAUGGAAUUUUGGAGAUGGUAGCAGUACCGUUGUCCAUACCGAACCUGCUCCAUGUGACACUAAUGAAUCGCUAGCUGACAAAACACAGACACAAGUGUACGUGCAGCACUCUGUCAACUUCACCUAUUCUGGACCAGGCAACUACCAUCUUCAAGUGGAAGUUACCAACCAAUACGAAAAAGUGGAAAAGUCUACCAAGAUAAGCGCCCGCCCUUUGCUAAAACGGCUUUUUCUCAACUCCUCUGCUGCUGUGGCCAUAGUUAACCAGACUUAUCUUCUGGAAGCCUGCACUGACCCUGUCGAUGACGACGUCUUCUACACAGUAGAUUUUGGUGAUAAAUCCAACGUUGCCCAAAGUGCUGACCACAAAGUUAAGCACACCUUCACUUCUGCGGGACAAUACAACGUCACAGUGUUUGCUAACAACACUCUUUCAAUGCUUACUACCUGGCUCAUGGUGGAGGUUAUAGAGAAAAUAACUGGACUAAGUGUCAAUUGCAACGCUCCCAGUGAGUUGGGCUCUAUUACAGAUUUCGUCGCUACGAUCGCAACUGGUACGAGACUUAUUUGGGACUUUGACUUUGGCGAUGGAUCAGAGCGGAGAAACCUUACGGACGGCUCAGUUUCACAAACCUAUAAGUUUGCGGGGAACUACACAGUGCGGGUUAAUGUCUCUAAUUCAUUUAGCCGUGCCCACCAAUUUAUCAGCGUGCUAGUCUAUAGGUUGACCGUUAUAGGAGUUACGCCAACGGAGUGUGUCGUGACGGGUAGAACUACAGUGUUUUCUGCUUUGGUGAAUGGAAACGCAUCCAUGCUGGUUUUCUCUUGGCUUUUUGGUGAGGGAACAACUGCAACUGUGGUGACAGGGCGAUCCACAGCUAGGCACAUAUUUUCCAGUCCAGGGAUUUACCAUGUUAACCUAACUGUGAAAAGCAUUUCUACUACAGUGGCAUAUAACACCACUGUCUGUGUACAAACAGCAAUUACUGCCAUGUCAGUGCAAUCAUCUCAAGAUAUAGCAGCCACAGGAGAAGAAGUAUGUUUCAGGGUAUCAUUUUCUCCAGAACAGAGAACAAUUAAUCAAUUUAAGUGGAUGAGUAGCUUUUCCAGUCAAGCUGUUGUCACAGAACAUAGUCGACAAUGUUUUAUCUUUCGAGACGAAGGCCUUCAAGAGGUAUCCGUGACAGCGAGUAACAAUGUAAGCAGCAAAACGGCAAAAGCUAGCGUCACCGUUCAAAAACCUGUUAGCGAUUUCGCUAUGGUGCACGGCAGUGACAUUGUCACUGUCAAUUUAUCAUCACCAUUUUGGAUUGCUAGUUACACUGGCAGCAACGUGUCUGUGAUUUGGGAUUUUGGAGACGGUUCCCCGGCAGAGGAGACGCAAAAUGCGUCGCAUGUCUUUACCACAACGGGUGAAUUCACAGUCACCGCCACGGCAUUCAACGCGGUAAGUCGAGAAACUGUACACCGGAAAGUGAAUGUCCUGCAUCCUAUUUCAGACUUUAGCCUUCAAAUCAAACAGCCGUUCAGUGUGGUUAGAGAAGAAACUUUAAUCACAGCAGUUAGCAGCGAUCAGAGGAGCAGUACCACCUUCUAUUGGACGGUGGACGGUUUGGUUCCAACGCAGCAGGGAUCGCGGACAUUUCGAUUUGUUUUUCUCAAAGCCGGACAUUAUAGAGUGAGGUGUACAGCCCAGAACUUGGUGAGCAAAAGGGAUGCUGUGAUUUUAGUUGAAGUCUUUGAGAGAAUAGAAGGUCUUCACAUAGAUUGUCCUAGAUGGGCAAAUAUGACGUUCAUACCAACUCAUGAGGAUGUGGUGUUUUUCGCUUCAGCCACCAAAGGCUCUAAUGUCACAUAUACGUGGCUAGUUAAACAAAGUACAAUAAAGCAUCCCAUUACAGCUGAUGGAGAACGUUUUCAGUUGGUAGUUGAAACUCCCGGAAGGCUUACAAUUCAGUUAAGUGCCUCGAACAAAUUAGGUGAGACCACCAGCGUUGCUUCUCUUGUGGCUGUGGAACGUGUAACAAGUGCCCACAUGACAACACAGACAAAUACGGUGGCGUUGGGGAAGUUUCUCAACAUUUCAGUGUCAGUUUCUACUGGUUCUGACCUGAAGUACCUUUGGUUUGUGGACAGCCAUCUUCAACCCUUUGAGACGGAUGCACCUUUUCUUCUUCACAGGUUCGCAAGUUUAGGAGAUCAUUUCAUCAAAGUUUUUGUACAGAACAGUGUCAGUCAAUGUCACGACACUAAAAUCUUUAAGGUCCAACAGGAGAUAGAAGACGUGGACUUUAGCAUUGGUGACAAGAUGUUUCCGUUUCACAUGAGCACAAACGCCACUCGGUCAUUCCAAGCGGUUGUCCGCAAAGGCAGCGAUCUGCAUUGGGAUUGGAAAAUUAGCAGUGUCCUAGCCACCAUUUUUCAGUCCACCAACCAUACAUUUACCUACACUUUUCUUCUUGAAGGCAUUUACAGAGUGUCUUUGAAUGCCUCCAAUGCAAUUAACUGGCAGGAGGUUACACAUAGCGUGACUAUCCAGGAUCAAAUAGAAGGUCUAAACUUAAACAUUACCAAAGAUAUUCUCUGCGUUCAGGAAGAAGUUACUUUCAUACCAUCAGUCAAGAGAGGAAGCAAUGCAAGUUUUCUUUUGGUUUUUGAAAGUAAAGAUUGGAUCGGUAGUCACAAUGUGCUUAACGGAUCGUUCACCACAUCAGACCUUCCAGUAGGGAUAUGUAAAGUUAAACUGACAGCUCGGAAUCAGGUGAGCAGUGCACAAAUGUCAACCCACGUCAAAAUCAUGGAGAAUAUAAAAACAUUGCAACUCUUAAGCCCCGCCCUACACUCUAUAGAGGCUAUGAAGGAGGCUAAUUUUACCAUGGGUGAUCAAAAUGAGUUUCCAGUUAACUACACCUGGAUAUUUUACUUAGAAGAUACAGAACCUUUGCGGCUCACUGGAAAGGAAAUCAUCUUCACUCCACAAGUGAAUGGUUCAUUGUCGGUAACUGUGCUCGCAAGUAAUGGUAUCUGCUCUAAGAUGCUCAACAAGACUCUGACUGUUGAAAUGCCUGUUAAGGAGGUUCAGCUUUCUCACUCCGGACCAAUAUUUUCUCGACACCCAGUAAUAAUGUCUGCCAAAGUCAAUGGAGGGAGCAACCUGAGAUACGUGUGGACCUUUGGAAAUCCCAGAACAGAGUUGACCACAAGUAUCAAUGCGGUAAAUCACACAUUUGACAAAUCCGGCAUGUACAUAGUCAAAGUCAACGUCUCCAACAGUGUCAGCCACGCAUCUGUGCAAGUACGCAUAAAAGUGGAAGAUUUGCAGUGUUCCAGCCCUCAAGCAUUUCUGAUUCAAAGCCAGCCAACUAUCUUCAGAUCGAGAGUGAGUUUGUUUGAAGCAAGUGUGGACAUUAACUGCUCUGCUUACAAGACAAUGUACCAGUGGGAGAUGUUCAGAGCGUCCGAUUGCAGUAACCUUAAUAUGAAGCCGAAGCAGAACAAAGUGUUUCUGCAUAAUGCAAAGUCACCGUUACUCCGGCUGCCGAAGCAUUCUCUCAGUGUGGGACAGUAUUGCCUUUUGUUCACUGUCUCACUCCAAGGAACCCCUUUGCUCACGCAACAACAAACUGAAGUCACUGUCGUCAGCUCUCCGCUGGUGGCUGUCAUCAAGGGAGGGUCACAUAGACUGUGGCCAAGCAGGCGUGAUCUUGUUCUGGAUGGGAGUGGAUCUCAAGAUCCUGAUGCAGACCUGAGAGCAGAGGAUGCUUUGCAGUAUCAUUGGAGCUGUAGGACAGAGGUAACUGUGUGUGAAACGGCACAACUUCCUGUGCUUGUGGAGUGUGUAUCCUGUCCAGGCCACAGUGCCACCAUCCUGGCUGGUCAUUGUGGAGAGUGUGAUGACCAAGCUCAGUAUAACUGGACUGCUGAGGAUGAGUCGGGCGUGACAGUCAACCUGGAUGAGGUCGUCAGCCCUGCAGGAAGACACUCGUCCAAACUGGAGCUGCGUUCAGAUAUCGUACUGCCAGGGAACAUGUAUACCAUCACUCUCAAUGUGACUGUGCCUGGUAGUGGGAGGUGGGGCAGCGCAAGUCAAACAGUGACACUCAACAAGCCACCUUAUGGAGGUCUGUGUCAACUGAAGACCGAGUCGAACGUUCAUCCACUGGGGACUGUAGUCACGUAUAAAUGCUCAGGGUGGAAAGAUGAGGAAAAGACACCCUCGGAGCUCAUCUAUACUUUUCAGGUUGCACCUUGCCAUCCUGCAGUGUGCCCUGUUCUCACUCUGUACAAGGGCACUCGGUCAGUUUUUGCCACUGUGGUUCCAGUGGGAAGUCCUUUGCAAGGACAAAAUUAUUCUCUUAUCACUGUCACUUUGCUCAUAGAAGAUCAUCUUGGGUCAAGCGUCGUUGGUCUAAACAGAACUCUGAGAGUUCCGACUCAUGUAAACGUGAUGAGAGAGUCUCUUAGGACCAAGAACCAGAUAGAAAUGUGGGCCUUAAUUCAACAUGGCAACCCUCAGGAAAUUAUCCCAUAUUCCAUUGCUCUCACGAGUCAUCUUAACCAGAUAGAUUCUGGGUCAAGUGGGCCGACCAGUGAGCUCAAAAUUAAGAGGCAGAUAAGAGAAAAUGUUACCAAAGCUUUGGUGUCCCUUCCAAUUUCGUCCCUGAUGGACGUUGAUCAGAUCAGCUCAGCGCUAGCCCAGUCCACUGCUGUUCCUGUUGAGUUGACGUGUGUUGGCUGUCAAGAAAAGGUUCUUGAAGCAGUUGGGAAGAUGAUUCAUGUAAUUGAGGAACACAAAGGUUCUGACGGGGCUCGUUCAGUCUUCGACUUAGGAAAGAACAUCCUUAGCAUUGUAGGUAGCUCUUUGGCCGCUACGUCAUUAUCAGCCAUGGGCUCAAGAUCUCAACAGAACGACUCCAGAACUUUGCAAACCGCAUCAUUCGUCACCUUGUCGGCAAUUAGCCAUGCAGGGGCCUUAAUGCGCUCCCUAAUGCCUCGUCCUGGCGAGGCACCCCUUUCGUUCACAACACCUUAUAUCAGUACAGCCGGUUUCUACGGAGACCCGGCCAACCUUCUCUGCUCCAAGCAUUCGGAUCAAACACCCACAAUUCCCUCACCGUUAUCAACACCACCAUGUUCAUUCCAAAUCCCAACCAGACUCGCCACUCAUUUAAAGAGUCAACGCUCAGAGCUGGUGCAGGUGCUUUUAGGUCUGGAUGAGUCUCACUCUUUGCAGGCUGCAGCUCACCCUGCAAUCUCCACCUCUUUGGUUGCCAUGGAGAUCACCACCCCCCAGGGUGAGCCCAUAUCAGUCCGGGAUCUUGAGAAUGACCACGCCAUUCGCGUCACCCUGCACAAUAAGCUUCCUCUGGAGAUGAGGGAUGCAAGACUGGAUGGAAACACCAAUAGUACAUGCCCCACUGUCAAGCUUCCAGCAGAGGGGUGUUUGAAUUUCACAGUAAAAACUGUUGGUGGCCUGGAUGAAAAUUCAGGUUUAUAUAUUUCGUACAACUUCAGCCUCUUGCCAGGAAUUACUUCAGACACUUUGGGCCAUGUCAAGAUAGAAAUGACGAGUGGGUCGCAGGACUCCUUCAUAAACGAGUGGCCAAUCAAUCUUUCGGCUCUGACCACCUUCACAGAGAAAACCGUAUUUCUGUCUCCACUCUCUCUGUGCCAAUACUACAACGUCAAGGAGGGGGGUUGGAGUAGUGAGGGUCUCAAGCCACUGGAAGACACCACACUCCAAACGGUGCACUGCCUGACUCAUCAUCUCACCAUGUUCGGGGCCAGUUUGUUUGUUCAUCCUGGAGCUGUCGUGCUACUCCCACCCGCAGGCAGUCCUGAGCUUAAUGUGCUGGUGGGGAUUGUAUGCGCUGUUCUGAUCCUGAUUCACCUGCUGGUCGGACUCAUUGCCCAUAAACUGGACCACCUGGACAGCCUAAGACUGAGUCAAGUUCCCCUGUGUGGCCGAGCGGGCUUGUACCACUACAGGGUACUGGUCAAGACUGGCUGGAGGCAAGGAGCAGGCACCACAGCACAUGUUGGCAUCAGUUUGUACGGUGUCAACAAGAGCGGCUCUCGCCAUCUGCAAAGGGAUGGGGCUUUUCAACGUGGUAGCCUGGACCAAUUUCAUGUAGAGACAGAUGAGAACUUGGGGGAAGUCUGGAAAAUACGGCUAUGGCAUGACAACACAGGCUUGGACCCGUCCUGGUAUGUUCAGCAUGUGGUCGUCUGGGACCCUGUGACGGACCACAUGUUCUUCUUUCUGGUGGAUGACUGGCUCUCAGUGGAAAAUCCAAAGAAUGGUACUUUGGAGAAAGAAAUCCUGGCCUCAUGUCCUGAAGAGCUUUCCCAAUUCCGGCGAAUCCUGUCCUCACAGUUAAUAUUUGGAAUGGUGGAGCGCCACCUGUGGCUCUCACUCUGGCAACGCCCCAACCACAGUAUUUUUACCAGAGCUCAGAGAGUUACCUGUAGUGCUUUCAUGCUGCACCUAUACCUGGCAUUUGGUGCACUUUGGUACGGCGCUGUUGGUUCUCGUGAGCACAGUGGACCAGUGUCUGCCAAAGUGCUGGUCAAUAUGGAAACUGUAGCAGUGGGAAUGGUCAUUUCAGUUCUGCUCUUUCCUCUCCAGUGUUUGAUCUGCUUUUUGUUCCGAAAAGCCCACAGUCAGGUAGUCAUCGUGGAAUCAGUUCCUCCUUCACCAGUUUGUUAUUCUGUGGAGAUGGACGACUUCCUAGGCCAGUCAGAACGAUCACAACCAUCCUUCUUAUCUCUGUCUGGCACCUCGAGUCGAUUCCGAGACAGUCCCUCAUCAUUGCUGGAGAGCAAAGCUGUUGACUCCAGCAUUCUGGACUUCUGGGCAGCUUCUGGUUUGGUGCCCCAGACGGACGAAGCCCGUCAAGAGGAGAUUGAAACUUCAUGGGCGUCCUGCGACAGCUUACUCAAAGAGUCCAAUGACCCAUGUGAAGCCUCGCUUGCCUUAUGCGCACGCCAACUAAGGAGGAAAAAGGCUCGCAAGCAGCUGCACCUGACCCCACAGACCUCUUCUGACCCACCUGUUGCCCUUCUUCAUCCCAUCCAAAAAGACAAUAUGGACUAUUACUUUCCUCAUGCACAGGAUCAUGAUACUACCAGUCCACACCAGGUUCACAACCACAAUAUGAACACAUUUUUGACCCUUUCCGAGGAGAAUCUGCUGAUGUCAAUAGAAGAAUCAACCAAGGGCACGCGCCAUUUCACCAAAAACAACUCAGACAGUGGUCGGGACUCGCUUACAACAACCUCAUCAUUCUCAAACACCCAGAGCACCUCUUGCAGUAGUUGGUCAGAUCACACUGAAGAUAAAAUCCACCAUGAGCCAAAGUUCCUUAAUUUGGAGACGGAAUCGGGUCCUUCACUAUGCGAGACACAACUCUACAGAUGUCCAUCUGUCCUAUCAAUGGACUCUGUGGCCAGUACCUUCCUGCCAAGUCCUUCUCCUGACUUGACAAGAUGUUCCUCCACCACACGCAUCGGUAUCGCUCGAGGUCGGCCCAGCUGGCUGUUUCCAUCCUGGGUGUUGUGUGUCAUCUACCCACUCGUGGCUGUUUUGAUUGGAACCUGCCUCGCUUUGGUUGGAAUCUAUGGCAGCCUCUUCUCCAGAACAGUUGUUCUCAUGUGGCUUAUAUCGGCACUGUCUGCUUUUCUCACCUCUGCUCUUUUGCUGGAACCUUUCAAGGUGUGCAUUCAGGCCUUGAUCUACACUGUCAUUUGGCGACCUGUGGAUCCAGAGGUUGAGGACCAACUAGCCCAGGAGACCACCGUGGCGAGGGCUUUUGGAGAGCAAGGUGGGAAGGUCCGCCCGCCCUGCGGCUAUGGACUGCUUCAAGCUAAGGAGGAGGCUCGGAAAGUCCGCGCACUGAGGUCCCUCAUGAAGCAUUGUGUUUUCCAGCUUCUAUUUCUGUUGCUGGUGCUCAUGGUGAACUACCAGGACAGUGUGGAAAGAAGCCAGGGAAGACUGUUGCAUUCCACUGUUAGACGCCAACUUCACAAGGCUGCCCAGGGCGUCCCCAACCUGACAUCUAUUAGAAACUGCUUGGAUGCAGAACAGUGGAUAAACAGCACCUUGGUGACAUUUUUGCACCAGAACCCCUUGCUUCACCUGGUGGGGUUGCCACAGCUCCGGUAUGCACACACUCAGGGCCGUGCGCAAAUCACACUGGGAAACAGCACUGUGGCGACACGCCGAGCCCUUGCUGACAUUCACACGGGAGCUUUUUGCAAUAAGCAGCUCAAAGGCCUUUCUUUGGAUUUUACUCAGUACCAUAGAGAGUCUGGUUUAUUCCUGUGUGUGUCCAUCCAGUUAGAUUGGGUGCCAAGAGUCACUUCUUCCCUUUCUAUCUAUCCGUUCUUCAUCCCAUCACCGCAUAAAGGCUUGGACCUCCAUCUGGCCCUGAUGGUUUUCCUUCUCAGUUCUGCUCUUCUCAUCUUGUUGGGGGAAUGGUGGUCGGCGUCCCAUGAGCGCGCUCAGUAUCUGCGUCAAAGCAAACACUGGCUACAGCUCCUGCUAGCUGCGUUAUCUCUGGCGACAAGUGUGCUACACCUCUGCUAUCGCUCCCAGGCUUUUUUCUGUCUUUCCCAGCUGAGGUCCCAACCUGACAGCUUCAUCUACUUCCAUGGCCCUGCCCUAAUGACUCAGAUGUCUUCUCAAUCUGCAGCUUUCUUACUCACGUUUCUGGUCCUAAAGCUAUUAGGAACAUUGAGAUUUGUGCGGAGGUGGAUCGUGAUCAUUAGAGUCUUGAACAGAGCUAAGAAGGAGUUGUGGGCCUUAGGUUUCCUCUUGAUGCUACUCUUUCUGUUCAGUACUCAUUUGGGGAAUACGCUUUUUUCACAAUCAGCUGAAGGAUUUUUGCCAAUGCACCAGGUUUUCGUGUCCAUUCUGCGUGUCCGGUUUGGCCUUCAAAGAUUAUGCCGAGUCCACCCUGUCGUUGGCCCUCUCUAUGGACUCCUGCUGAUGAGUGCAAGUGUCUGGCUUUUGGCAAAACUCUUUGGAGCCGUUCUCAUUCAUGCGUACAGAGCUGAAAAAGCAGACAUUUACCGGCCGACGACAGAACCGCAGGACUAUGAAAUGGUGGAGUUCUUCAUUAAGAGGUUGAAACUGUGGAUCGGACUCACCAAGGCUAAAGAAUUCAGACACAGGGUGAAGUUUGAAGGCAUGGACGUUCCUCCUUCCAGAGCCUCCCAGGAAUCCCGUCUUUCUACUCACUAUUCCACCCUUCCAUCUUGUCACUCGCCAUCUUUGUCAUCUUCCUCGUCCUCUCCACGCCCCUUGUCUUCCUCCCUCUCUGUCCUGUCCGAAGACUCUUCACUUUCUGAGCAAGGGUUUGACGUUCAACCUUUCCUGGAGCACCUGCUGCCGUGUGUGAACGCUCUGCUAUCUCAAUUUGAUCGGGUCGCCCAGAUUACUGAAGAAGUGCACCAUCUGGAGGUUGAACUUGAAGAUUUUCUGUGCAGAAGAAAGAAAAGUAGGAUUGGUAACAAGGAGAAAAGUGAGGACGCGGUCCAAAAAACGGCAAAAACAAAAGAUCAGGAGGAUGACGGGAGGACUCAAGGUGAAGUAAGACGCAGGAGGACUGGUUUGCUUUACGCUAAUCCUCCAAAAUCUCUGUCAUCCGUGUUUCCUUUCAUUCCUCCUUCCACAAUCAGCCCCCCUGCCGCAGCGGGCCGACUCUUCCCACGCACACGGAGCUCUCACUCUGAAUCGGAGUCAUUACAUUUGAAGUAUCACAUGUUUAGCGACACAAGUGAAGCUGCAAAUCCUAUAAUAGGAAGUUCUAGUUUGCAUCCUUUACGUUCUCCCGGUUUUGUAAGUUUCCCCAAGAGGAGAGCGUGGCAUUCUGGAAGUUCUCACUCAGCCGAUGCAGCUCAAAGGUUGUGGCUUAAACAAUGUGGCAAUUUUGCUCUCACCUUCAUCAGACCAAAUAGCGAAGAGGGCAUGAGGAGACGUAUCAGUGAUGGGGCACCAAAAAAGAGGAAGGCUUGGAUCUCUGAAGGACCAUAGAGACUUCAUAAUGUAUUGACGUGACACGGGGCCGAUAAAUAGGGGGCUUGCAUUGUUGG